UUGCUGUACGAGAAUGACGAUCAAAUCGAAGUAUAAAACAUUGAAUGAGUAAAAUCCUCUUUCUAUUUCCUUUUCGUGUGCAAAAACAAUGUUGCACACAUUUCCAUUUCCUUGUUCCAUCCAUGCUUCCAUGGCGGCGUUGUCUUCCCAAUUGUUCCACAAUACCACGUCGCUUCAUCUCACUCGCCCAUCUCCCCCUUUCCCGUUUCCCCGCCGGCCGUUCAAUCCGCCGCUGCUCCGAUCAAUUCUCCCCGUGAACGCCGGCAACUCUCUUCCGCUCUUCGAUUUCAGCGGGGGCAAAGGAAUGAGUGGGUUCCUUGAUGUCGAACUAAAAGUCCGCGAUUACGAGUUGGAUCAUUUUGGUGUGGUCAACAAUGCAGUUUAUGCAAGUUAUUGUCAGCAUGGUCGUCAUGAACUCUUGGAAGGAAUUGGUAUUAAUUGCGAUGCUGUGGCUCGUAGUGGUAAUGCAUUAGCACUGACAGAAUUAUCACUCAAAUUUCUUUCACCUCUAAGAAGUGGAGACAAAUUUGUUGUAAAGGUUAGGAUAUCUGGCUCUUCUGCUGCUCGAUUAUACUUUGAUCACUUCAUCUAUAAACUGCACAACCAAGAGCCUGUUUUGGAAGCCAAGGCCACAGCAGUGUGGCUUGACAAAAACUAUCGCCCUAUUCGCAUUCCAGCAGAUAUGAAGAGUAAAAUUGUAAAAUUUAUUCGAAAUGAAGACUCUUGAUUCAGUGUCCCAAUCUAGAAGCUUCACUUACUAAGUCCGACACAUCCACAACAGGAGCAGUUACUAGAACGUGGGGGCAGGAAGAUCAAGCUAAGGCGGGAACUGCAGUUUGAAGCAUGAGUUCGAGGAAAGUUAAGAUGUGUCGCGGGAACGACUAGGAUUAGGUAGUUUCUUUCAAUUUUAGUACUGUCAGCAGUAUUAUUUAGUUUGUUUAAAUUCUAGUACUACAAAUAGACCAAUGUAAUUCAGAAAAGGGGUUGGAUACUUGAUACUCACACUCUACAAUGCCUACACGUCGACCACACAGAAACAACUAUAAAAAAUAGGAGCUUCAUCCAGUCUUUUCCUUUUCUUUAAGUUAUUUAAUCAAGUUUUUUCCUUCCAUUUA